GCCCUGACCGAUAGAAAAAGGUUAUCGAUGAUCAGGUACAGCUCUGCUUCCUCCAUUUUAAUACUGCCCAUUUGAAUCGAUACUGUUCCUCUCUCCUGUGCUUCCACGUGAUUAUUAUUGUCCAUGAUUCUUCAUCUUCAUCUUCAUCUUCAUACACAAGCAAUCAUCCAAUCCAAAUCCGAAUCCAAAUCCCCAUUUUCCCUGCACCGAACGUGGUCGAUUCCUUUCUGCAUCGAAGCGGUUGCUGCUUUUUUUUGUGUGGCUGUUUUGGAUUCCUCAGCGCUUUUCUUUGACUGGUACAGGUACUUGUAUUUGCAUGCCUUUCAAUCCUAUAAUGAUGUCUCACCAUCCGCGCAUCGAACAGUGAUUUUAGAUGAUCCAUUUGGAGAGAGAGGAGAGAGAAGAGAGAAGAGAGAGAGCGAGAGGGUCAAUUGUGGAUUCGGAGUUGGAGCUGUACUGUGAGCUUCCCAAGUGGAUGAUAUAACUCGUAUGGAUGGUCAACAUUGGGGAAACCUAUUGGUUUUAAGAACCUAGAUGGAAGUCAUGGAUGUCAUGGUGCAGAAAAUGUGACCUGUGCUCAUGGAAGAUUUCCAAGGGAUUACUGAGAAUGUUUUCGCAAAUGGAGAUGUAUAUAUCGGCAGUUUCAAAAAUAGUUUGCUACAUGGGAAGGGAAAGUACACUUGGUUUGAUGGAGCAACUUAUGACGGUGAUUGGGAAGAUGGAAAAAUGACAGGCAAGGGAAAGAUUAUCUGGCCAUCAGGAGCAAAAUAUGAGGGUGAAAUCUCUGGUGGUUAUCUUCAUGGUUUUGGCACCUUCAACUAUUCUGAUGGGUCCAUCUAUAAUGGAGAUUGGAGGAUGAAUAUUCACCAUGGGAUUGGACAAAAACUAUAUGCUAAUUUAGACAUUUAUGAUGGAUCUUGGAAAGAAGGGAUGCCUGAAGGUUGUGGAAGAUACUUCUGGAGUUCUGGAAAUUCUUAUAUUGGGAACUGGAAGGGUGGGCAAAUGUGUGGUAAAGGGAUCAUGAAAUGGGUAAAUGGUGAUCAUUUCAUUGGCUUUUGGUUGAAUGGAUUUCGACAUGGUUCUGGGGUCUAUCAUUUUGCUGAUGGUGCAUAUUACUUUGGAUCAUGGAGUAGGGGCCUCAAGGAUGGAAAAGGAACAUUUUAUCCUGCUGGAAGCAAACCACCAUCCCUGGAGAAGUGGCAUAACUUUCUUGGUUAUGACAUUCAUGGAAAAGGGUUUCUAUCUCGUACGCUGUCACUAAAUUCAGAGAAAGAAAAAGCUCCAAAGCAUGGCCUUAAGCACAGUUUCUCAGAGAAAUUUGCCAUCACUGGAAUUUCAAGUGCUGGACUAUCAAAUUGGCCUAGGUCGAUGGACAUAAAUUGGGGCUUAAGUGAUCCUACUCGAGAAGCAUUAGCUGAUGAAGAUUCUCGUAUGAUGUCCCAUACAUCUGAUCAAGGUCAACAUAAUGUAGCAUAUAAGGAUAGAACGGUUUAUGAAAGGGAGUACGUGCAAGGAGUGUUGAUACAAGAGAGGGUUAAGGACUAUGAAGAAAUAUUUCAUAGAAGUAAGGAACAAAAGAAAACUACUGUCAAAGAAGCAAGAAAGGUGUCAUGCAUUAACUUCUUUGAAAGUCGUCGGAGCUACUAUUUAAUGCUUAAUUUGCAACUUGGUAUAAGGUAUACUGUUGGUAAGAUUACACCAGUUCCCAUGCGUGAAGUUCGAUCUUCUGAUUUUGGAAGACGGGCUAGAAUAGUGAUGUACUUUCCUGGAAAGGGCUCUCAGUUUACACCUCCACACUAUUCUGUCGACUUUCAUUGGAAAGACUAUUGUCCUAUGGUCUUCAGGAAUUUGAGGGAGAUGUUCAAACUAGAUGCAGCCGAGUAUAUGAUGUCCAUAUGUGGCGAUGAUGGUCUAAGGGAACUCUCAUCUCCCGGGAAAAGUGGAAGUAUCUUUUACCUUUCUCAAGAUGAUAGAUUUGUGAUCAAGACUCUGAAGAAAUCUGAGUUGAAGGUUCUACUCAAAAUGCUUCCUAAAUAUUAUGGUCAUGUAAAAGAACAUGAAAAUACUCUCAUAACAAAAUUUUUUGGUCUCCAUCGCAUAACAAUUUAUGGUCACAGUAAGGUACGCUUUGUGGUCAUGGGAAACAUGUUCUGCACAGAAUUAAAAAUUCAUCGUCGUUAUGAUCUGAAGGGCUCAACUCUCGGGAGAUAUACUCAUGGAGAUAAAUCCAGAGAUGGUAUAACAAUGAAGGAUCUCGAUUUGUCAUAUGAAUUUCAUAUGGACAAAUUAUUGCGACAAUCCCUUUUCAAACAAAUUUCUCUCGAUUGCAUGUUUUUGGAGUCUCUGAACAUAAUUGACUAUAGCCUACUGCUCGGAGUGCAUUUUCGACCUCCUGAGAAACUGAAGGCUUUGUUGGAACCUCCUGCUACAGUUCAUAAUCCUGAUAAUUUACACCAUGAUGAUGAAGGUGAAUCUUCAGUAAGCGAGCCAAUGAUUUCUCCAAAGGGUCUAUUACUUGUAACACAUGAACCUAGCUCUGUAACCACUGCUCCUGGUCCUCACAUCAGAGGAAGACCAUUGAAGACCUACUCAUUAGGUGACAGAGAAGUUGAUGUAUUACUGCCUGGUACAGCGAGAUUUCGAGUGCAGCUGGGAGUAAAUAUGCCAGCCCAGGCUAGCCACAAGCUUCUCGAUGAUAAGUCGGAGUCUUCAGAAGUAGAACUUUUUGAGUUAUACGACGUAGUUCUUUACAUGGGCAUUAUAGAUAUACUGCAAGAAUACAAUUUGAAGAAGAAGCUAGAGCAUGCGUACAAGUCUUUAAGAUUUGACCCUCUUUCGAUAUCGGUCGUGGAGCCUCAUCUGUACGCCACACGAUUCAAAAGGUUCUUGGAAAAGGUCUUCCAUGACUUGCCAUGAACAAUGUAAGUAAACCAGCUUGUAUCUGUAUUUGUAUUUUGGUUUUUUGAGUUGUGCUCUCUUUCCUUUGUUUUUGUUGUCCUUAUUGUUUUCUGUGUUAGAUGAUUUGCUUAAGUUGCCUUUGAAAUAAAGAGUACAGGAUCAUUUUACAGUCAAUUCAUUGUAAAGUUAAAUAAAUGUUUAUUCAAUAAAUGGACCAUAGUUUUUUUUCUA